AUGGAGAGUUGGGUUUGGAAGGGAAUUGGGUCUGUCGAUAAGAGCAGAAUCAAACAAGAAAUUGGUGUUGUUAAUCUCAGAAGACCUGUUGGGUUUGGUGAAGAAGUUGCUGCCGGUUGGCCUUCUUGGCUUAGUGUUGUUGCUCGUGAAGCUAUUUAUGGUUGGAUUCCUCUUCGUGCUGAAAGAUUCAAGAAAUUGGAAAAGAUUGGACAAGGUACAUACAGCGGUGUUUUCCAAGCACGAGAGCUUGCAACUGGGAGGAUGCUUGCCUUAAAGAAAGUUCGGUUCGAUAACUUUGAGCAAGAAAGUGUGAGAUUUAUGUCGCGGGAAAUAAUGAUUCUCCGCAAACUGGAGGGACUAAUUACUUCUAGACUGUCAACUAGUGUAUAUCUUGUUUUCGAGUACACGGAACAUGAUAUUGUUGGUUUAUCAUCUUGUCCUGACAUCAAGUUCAGUGAAUCACAGGUUAAAUGCUAUAUGCAUCAACUACUAUAUGGCCUUGAACAUUGUCAUUCAAGAGGUAUAAUGCACAGAGAUAUCAAGGGAUCCAACCUUCUUGUUAGUGAUGAUGGAGUUCUGAAGAUAGCUGAUUUUGGCAUGGCAAAUUUUGUUAGUGUCGGGCACAUUCAACCAUUAACUAGUCGAGUUGUUACUUUAUGGUAUCGUCCUCCUGAAAUUUUGCUUGGAUCCACCAGUUAUGGGCAAUCUAUGUUGAUCUAUGGAGUGUUGAAGUGCAAUGCAGGGAAAGAGGUUCAGGUGAUGGCGGUGAUUGCAGGUCAGCUGAAUGAGUUGGCGUUGCUGCAAUGUAGAGAAGGAAUGAAGCUGUUACAACAUUGGUCAGUGAUUGGGGUUGUGUCGCAUACUGUUCAGGCCAGACUGAUUAACGGAAGGAUCAACAAGGGAGUAGAUGCAUGUGCAGUGACUGGUGCAGGUGGUGUUAGCUCAAGUGCAGGAUUGUGCAGUUGCAGCAUUGGUGGUGGCUGA